AUGAAUUUCAAAUACAGUUUUAUUUUUUUAUUUUUUAUCCAACUUGCAAUAAGAUAUAGCAAUGCAAAAGUCACUGUAGACACAAUAUGUAAAAAUGGAAAACUAAUUCAAAUGAGUAAUCAUUAUGAAUGUUUAUGUUCUCCUGGAUUUGCAUUAAAAAGUGAAAACGAUUGUGAACCAAUUGUUAUUUGUGAUAAACUUGAAAAUAAAGAUAAAGUAUGUGGUGAAUUUGCUACAUGUGUAGGCCAGGCAAAUUCUGCCGUUCUUAAGUGUGAAUGUGCAAGUGGAUUUAUAGCACCACAAGGUACAUGUAAACCAUUCAAAUGUGCUAACUACGACUGUGGCGCUGGAAAAUGUGUACUCGAGGCAGGCAACCCUAUCAACGCAAUAUGCUCAUGUGAUAUAGGAAAAAUUGUACAGAAUGGUAAAUGUACAGGUACAGGCCAAACUAAAUGUACAUUGAAAUGUAAAGCUCAAGAAGAAUGCAAGUUGAAAGGAAAAUAUUAUGAAUGUGUUUCCAAAGUUCCAGCACCAGGCACUGGCGGAGGUGCAGGUACCACAACCCCCCCAACAAGUGGAAGUUUUAUGAAUGGAAUGUCAAUAUUCAGUAUUAUUGCAUUAUUUGUUAUGUAUAUAGCAGUAAUCUAA